AUGCACCACUGGAAGCGCUUCGAGGAAACGAGGGAACGAGGAGAACUUGACAAUGCUAUUUUUCAUGGUCGCAUUGCGCUUGGAAUUUAUCCUAGGGAAUUGCUAGACUUCCAUGGGAUAUUCUUGGGACGCCUUGGUGUGUUUCUUCACGAGCGAUUUAAACAAUACGGGAGAAUCGAAGACCUACGGGAGUCCAUCGAGCUGAAUCGUGCUGCCCUGAAAGCUCACCCCGACGGCCAUCCAGACCGAUCCUUGUCCCUGAAUAGCCUUGCCAAUUCCAUUUGCACUCGAUUUAAACAGUCCAGACAGACCGCGGAUCUCGAUGAGGCCAUCGAGCUCCAUCGUGUUUCCCUGCAACUUCAACCCAACGACCAUCCCAAUCGUUUUGCGUCCCUGAAUAACCUUGCAGGCUGCCUUGCAAGACGAUUUGAACAACACGGACAGACCGCGGACCUCGAUGAGGCCGUCGAGCUGGGUCGUGCUGCCUCGCAACUUCACCCCACUGACCACCCUGGCCGUUUCGCGCCCCUGAUUACCCUUGCGAUUUCCCUUCGGACUCGAUUUGAACAGCACCGGCAAACUGCAGAUCUCGAGGAGGCCAUUAAGCUGAGUCGUGCUGCGCUACAACUUUGCCCUGAUGGCCACCCCGAUCGUUCCGAGUCCCUGAAUAACCUUGCGAGUUCCCUUCGGAUCAGAUUUGAACAUUACGGACAGACCGCAGACCUUGAUGAGGCGGUCAAGCGUCAUCGUGCUGCCUUGCAACUUCGCCCCGACGUCCACCCCAACCGCUGCUCGUCCCUGAAUAACCUUGCGACUUCCCUUCGGAUUCGAUUUGAACAUUACGGGCAGACUGCAGACCUCGAGGAGGCCAUCAAGCUUCAUUGUGCUGCCUUGCAACUUCACCCCAACGGCCAUCCCGAUCGUUCCACAUCCCUGAAUAACCUCGCGAGCGCCCUUCAUACCCGAUUUCAACAGCACAGACAGAUCGCAGACCUUGAAGAGGCCAUCAAGCUGAAUCGUGCUGCUAUGCUGCUUCUCCCCGACGGCCAUCCCGGUCGUUCCACGUCCCUAAAUAACCUUGCGAUCACCCUUUGGACUCGAUUUGAACGACACGGACAGAUUGUGGACCUCGAUGAGGCCAUCGAGUAUUAUCAUACUGCCCUACAACUUCGCCCGGACGGCCAUCCCGAUCAUUCCACGUCCCUGAAUAACCUUGCGACUUCCCUUGCAAAUCGAUUUGAACAGCACGGACAGAUUGCAGACCUCAAUGAAGCCAUUAAGCUUCAUCGUACUGCCAUGCAACUUCACCCCGACGGCCACCCCGAUCGUUUCAUGUUCUUGGAUAAUCUUGCAAAUUCCCUUGCCAGACGAUUUGAACAGCACGGACAGAUUGCAGACCUCGACGAGGCCAUCGAGCUUCAUCGUGCUGCCCUGCAACUUCACCCCAUUGGCCAUCCCAAUCGUUCCGCAUGUCUGAAUAAUCUCGCAAAUUCCCUUGCAAGACGAUUUGAACAGCACGGACAGACAGUGGACUUCGACGAGGCCAUCGAGCUUCAUCGUGCUGCCUUGCAACUUCGUCCCCACGGCCAUCCCAAUCGUUCCACGUCCCUGAAUAGCCUUGCAAACUCCCUUCAGAUUCGAUUUAAACAGCACGGACAGUUGGCGGACCUCGAUGAGGCUGUCAAGCUUCAUCGUGCUGCCUCGCAACUUCUUCCCGAUGGCCAUCCCAAUCGCUCCACGUCCCUGAAUAACCUUGCGGAUUCUCUUCGGACUCGAUUUGAACAACACGGACAGACUGCGGACCUUGAUGAGGCUAUGGAACUUCAUCAUGCUGCUCUGCAACUUCACCCCGACGGCCAUCCCGGUCGAUCCGCGUCUCUCAGUAACCUUGCAAAUUCCCUUGCAAUUCGGUUUGAACAUCACGGACAGACUGCGGACCUCGAUGAAGCUGUCAAGCUUCAUCGUGCCAGCUUGAAGCUUCGGCCCAAUGGUCAUCCCGAACAUUCUGCAUCGCUAGCAAACUUGGCUUUUUCGCUACUCUCGCGAUUCACGAAGUUCGGGCUUAAGGUCGAUUUUGAAGAGUGUAUGAAAUCACUCGAAUGUGCUGUCAAACAUGAGUUUUCAAGCUUGGCGGUACGUCUCGAGAUCGCCGGUCAAUGGGCUAGAUUUGCUCGAAAUCAUGGUCACCAUACCACAUCCAGAGCUUACAAGGUAGCGAUGCUGCUUCUACAGCGUGUCCUCAUCAUUAGUCCUACUCUUCAUGCACAACACGAUUUCCUCAGCAGAAAAGGCAACUCCGCAACGCUCACAUCAGACGCAGUGGCCUAUGCCGUAGAGGAGAAUAGGCUCGAAGAAGCAAUAGAGAUCCUUGAGCAAGGAAGAGGUCUACUCUGGUCGCAGAUGCGUGGUUUUAGGGCGCCUCUAGAUGACCUUGCAAAAACGAAUAGUGGGCUCGCUGAGAGAUUCACGAAUGUUAGUCGGCAGCUGGAGAACCUUGUAACAUCAUUCAGUGAGAGGCUGAAACUGAAGAGGAAACUCUCUAGCAAGCAGGAAGAGCUUAUUGAGGAAAUACGACGGAUCCCUGGGUUCGAGAGCUUCCUUAUAGCCACACCCUUUAGAGGGCUCCGGCGUGUAGCUUCAGAGGGGCCGGUAAUUGUGGUCAAUCAUAGCGAAUAUCGAUCCGAUGUGCUCAUUAUCCUCUCUCGUGAGGACCUGCCUGUCGUCUGUGUUCCGCUUGAUGGAGAAUUUGACAAGGAUAGCAUUAAUUUGUGCACCGAGCUCUUGGAGACACGAGAUAGUCUUAAAGUUUUCUCACCAAAAUACGACGAGGUACUUCGACGGGUGAUGAGGAUGCUGUGGGACAGGGUCGUCUCCAAGGUCGUCAGGAAACUUAAGGAGCUAGGGGUUACUGAGGGGUCGCGUAUUUGGUGGUGCCCUACAUCUGUGCUCUCAGCUCUUCCCUUCCACGCUGCAGGUCCAUUUGAGGAUGCGGAUGGCACUGUGAAGUAUUUACUGGACGACUACGUGUCAUCAUAUACCCCGAAUCUUGGAGCACUCAUCAAUGCCCGAUUCAGGGAAAAUGCGAGUAAUCCCAAGAUGCUUAUCGUUGGCGACACGAAGACUCUUAAAUCGACUAAGGCCGAAAUUCUCGCUGUUCGGAACAACACACGGAGCUACGUCUCAUCUUAUAGAAUACACAUCAAUAAGGAGGCGCUUCGCAACACAAUUAUAAAAGGCUUGCAAGACGUCACAUGGAUUCAUUUUGCUUGUCACGGAUUAUUGGCAUCGGGGUCGCUUGACUCUUCUUUCAAACUGUCGGACGGUGGAUUGACACUGCUCGAUAUCAUCCGAGCCAACCUUCCGAAUGCCGAGUUUGCAUUCCUCUCUGCUUGCCAUACCGCCGAACAGGACGUAUUUGGUGCAGACGAUGAAGUCCUCCAUCUAGCUGCUGCCGUGCAAUUUAGUGGUUUCCGAAGCGUGAUUGGGACAAUGUGGGAAAUGUACGAUCCGGAUGGUCCUUUGCUUGCUCGAGAGGUUUAUUCAUACAUGGGAGAUUAUGAGGACGGUGAAGUGAUCCACAAGCGGUCUGCAGCUGCGCUUCGUCAAGCUGUUAUGGCAUUGCGAGGGCGGGAUGGCGUCACAACAGAGCGAUGGGUUAACAUGGUGCACAUUGGUGCUUGA